UCCCCUCAUCCAGCUCAAAAGACACGAGAACAUCCAGCAACAGGCUCCACUUGAAAAUACAGUUAUGCAGAUUGCUUCCUCUGAUAUUUUUCCAGCUUUGGAUAAGGAAAACUUAGAUUCUCCAAAGAAAUGGGAGACUGGUCCAUUCUUGGCCGCUUCCUAACGGAGGUUCAAAACCAUUCCACAGUCAUUGGCAAGAUAUGGCUGACGAUGCUGCUCAUCUUCCGCAUCUUGCUCGUGGCCCUGGUGGGGGAUGCUGUCUACAGCGAUGAGCAGUCAAAGUUUACCUGCAACACCCUGCAGCCUGGAUGCAACAAUGUCUGCUACGACACUUUUGCUCCUGUCUCACACUUGCGCUUUUGGGUCUUUCAGAUUGUUCUUGUCUCCACACCCUCUAUCUUUUACAUUGUUUACGUCUUGCAAAAAAUCACCAAGAAUGAAAAGUUGGAGGUUAAGAAGGUUGAAGUGGUCCCCAGGUCCUCACCUUCUCUCGAAAGGGACAAACACAUAGGAGGAGAUAAAGAGACAACACUGGAAGCUGGCAGUCUUUAUAACACAGCCUAUAGCAACGAGGAGUGGAGCUCACAGGAAGAUGAGUGUGAGGAGAGGAGCCAGCUGGAUGAGGAAAUGAGAGAGGUAGGAAAGGACCCGACUCAGCUCUCCAGCCAGGUAUUACUCAUCUACAUCAUACAUGUUUUGCUACGCUCCAUCAUGGAGAUAAUCUUCCUCAUUGGGCAGUAUUACCUAUUUGGAUUUGAAGUUCCACACCUUUUCCACUGUGAGACAUACCCCUGUCCAAACAGAACCGACUGCUUUGUGUCUCGAGCAACAGAGAAGACCAUCUUUCUCAACUUCAUGUUCAGUGUCAGCCUAGGUUGCAUUAUCUUGAACAUUGUGGAGCUGCAUUAUUUAGGCUGGAUUUAUAUUUUCAGAGUCUUGUUCUCUGCAUGCUGUACAUGCUGUGUGUCAGGCAGAGACCCUUUGCAGAAGAUGGAAUUAUACUCUGACAACAACCCGCUUUUGCUUGAGCUCAAACACUCUUUACGUGGCAGGGUCGUCUUGCAGACCACUUCUACCAAGAGCAGCAUUGUCCCAAACCAGGCCCCGGCCAUCUCCUUUGAGACGGACUCUACACUGGAGUGCACUUCCAAGAGAAAUCAAGAUGAGAAGGAACGCACCAAGACUAGACUGCACAAUCUGACCAAAAUAGGAAGAGGCAAAAAGUCAUGGCUGUAAAUUAUUUCAGACCUUACUUUGCUUUAUAUUUCCCAUCUAUGAUUGCAGUUGUAUAACUCAAAACUGAUUGAAAUUGGAAUCUUCUCAGGAUGGAUCAGUUUAAGUAAGCUAUAAAGUCAGCGAUUAUUAAAAUGAUUCACACAAUUUCAGGAAGAAACUGUGACAGAUUCAGUGUAUUUGUUUCUAGUCUUAAAUCUCAUCAAUGUAAGAGUUUAUAACAUUAAUAAGCUGGAAUUUUGGAAUGAUUUGGAGAUGUUGCAUUUUUUCCCCCCCAUUCUGGUUUAUUAGGUGUACUGUUGAGGGAAGCACUGAUAUUAAUGUAGUGCAGUAUUUUAUGAAAAUGUUUCUGUAGAUAUAGUCAAAUCAAUCUAUUUUCUUAUGUUGGUUCGAUUCUCAUUAUUUUGCCCUUAUAAAUUGUGUAAACCGGUACAGCCGGGACAGACAGAGUGGGACAAAAGGCUUGAUUUUUGUUGCCUUGGCCAGAUAUAUAUUAUCUAUUAUUGCUGUUCUGCAUAGUAAUUGUGUCCCAUAAUAUAUAUAUAUCUUCAAGAACUCACAUUUGAGAAUUAGAAUUUGGUCUAAAGUGUAAUCGUAUAUGCAAACAUCUCAAAGGCACAAACUGGUACUAUAAUCACACAAACAAACAUAUUUCAUUAUAUGACAUUUAAUAUUACAAAUAAAAGUUACAAUAUUCUAUGAGAUGAGUCCUGACAAGUAAAGCCUGGGUAAAGUAUUUACCUGUGCCCGUGCUGCACCUGCACAUCCAGGGUUCCAGUAAGUAAUAAAAAUACCAGGAGAGGUCACUGCUGUCCGGUUUACACUUGUGCUGCCUUAAAGUGCCGUUGGAAUUAUUACACUUUAGAGCAGUUUAAGCAUUGACAACCCAAAUACAAUCGUAAAAAGAGUGCUUAUUUUGGCACGUUUUGCCUAUGUAACACAUACAUACGAACUGCAUAAAACCAGCAUAAGUAGAAGCUGUCUUUAAAGUGUUCUUUAAAUAAUGAUUCCUUUUUGUGAUGUUCUUCUAUGCACAUAAUACAAGCAAGUUGUAUUUUCA